AUGGACAAUAUAUCCCAUUUUACAUUCUUUCUCUCAGAACUGAAGGAAUCAAUGUCAGUCAAACACACAUAUUUUGCUCUCUCUCUUGUUGUGUAUCUAAUCAUAAUUUUACUGAAUGUGACUUUGAUAGUGACAAUCCUGCUGGAGAAAGCCCUCCAUGAGCCCAUGUACAUCUUCCUGUGUAAUCUGUGUAUUAAUGGACUGUUUGGAACAGCUGGUUUCUACCCUAAAUUCAUGUAUGAUUUAAUCUCUGACACCCACGUGAUCUCAUACAAUGGGUGCUUCUUGCAAUUUUUUGUUAUUUACACCUCUGCUGUUUGUGACAUUACAACAUUAACAGUGAUGGCAUAUGACAGGUAUGUGGCAAUCUGCAGACCCUUGGACUACCACUCUGUUAUGACAAACAAAACUGUUGUAAAAUUACUCCUGUUUUCCUGGCUUUUACCUGCUUGCUCUGGAGCUGUAGCACUUCUGUUGACAAAACGGCUGUCAUUAUGUGGAUCCCACAUUGACAAACUCUAUUGUGAUAACUUAUCCAUGGUGAGGCUAUCCUGUGAAUCCACAAUCGCUAACAAUAUUUAUGGAUAUUUUGUAAUUAUUGUGUAUGUUUCUCUUGUCAUUUUUAUUAUUUGUUCUUAUAGUAGACUGAUCACUGCAAGUAUCAAAUCCACUGAAAGCAAAACCAAAUUCAUGCAUACCUGUGUGCCUCAUUUGUUGUCUUUAAUCAGUUUAAUAACUGCUUUAAUUUUUGAUUCAAUGUAUGCUCGUUAUGGAUCAAGGGAUUUCCCACAAAGUCUACGCAAUUUUUUCGCCUUAGAAUUUUUGAUAAUCCCACCUCUUUUUAAUCCUUUAAUUUAUGGAUUAAAAUUAACUGAGGUUCGCAAAAGAGUCCUGAGAGCUGUGAAAGUCAAAGUGAUAGACCCCCUUUAUAAUGUAAAAAAGAUGUAA